ACCUCCAUACAUACACUUCGGCAAUCAGGUUUGGCGCACGCGCGCGCGCGCGCGCGCGCAGCAGGUGCAUCUCUCUCGUAGUCUGUUCCAUGUUUCGACUACUAAAAUUGGAGCAUCGGAGUGCAGACAUCGGACCUAUCGGACUGAUCGGACUGCAUCGAACUUAAGAACGACCGACAUAUCAUUUGUCGUGUGCCUGUUCAGCGGUGAAAUCUGUUAUUUGGCUUAUAAAAGGGUUAAAGAAAAGAGGGAACAAAAUAAUGCGAUUUUGUUGUUUGUGUAAAAGAAAAAGUACACAGGAUAAUAAAAUUAUUUUACAUAAGUAAGUUUACUGACAAAUGAUAAAGUACGUGUCCCUGAUAAGCUUUUCGAUAGAAAACGUUUCACAUUAGUGAAUUCACGAAUCAAGGUUUCCGAAGGAUCCGUCUAUACGUCAGAAAUGGAUUAAGGCUUGCGGAUUGCAUGAUAAAGAUGUAUCUCGUCUUCAUAUUUGCUCAAAUCACUUUGAAUUAUCUGAAAAUUUACUUGCAUUGAAGAGAUUACCUUUAGAGGCUAUACCCACUGUAGAAAAAGCUGUACCAAAUCAUCCAAUUGAAUUAUCAAAUAUGUCAACAAAUAUGUCAACAAAUAUUACAAAUGUAUUAAAAUCAUCCAAAGGGAAUGUUACAUCUCCAACUGUAUUAUACAUAAUGGAUCAAAAUAAUGUUGUUCAGUCAAUAUUGGAAGUUGCGACUCCUGAUCAUUCAUUGCCAAUAAUAGAAAGUACUUGUAUAUCCAAAUCAUCUGAAGUAAAUGUUAUAUCUCCAACGGUAUCUGACGUAAUGGACUGUGAUAAUGCUGAUAUAAUGGAAUAUGAUAAUGCUGACAUAAUGGAAUGUGAUAACGCUGUUCAGCCAAUAUCAAAAAUUUCAAUUUCUGAUCAUUCAUAUUGUGAAGCAGUUUUUUCUCCAAAAAAACGGUUGUUUGCACAGCCUAGAUAUAUUUCAGAAAUUAAUAUUAGUGAUGUUAGUUCACCAAAAAAUGCAAGAAGGCUAAUCAAUUUUAUUAAAGAAGAGGAUCGAAAGAAAUGCAGUCGAAUAAGAUGUUUAAGUGCUCAUAACAAAAGACUUCUAAAACGAGUUGCUACAUUGCAAGAAUUAGUAUCUCAUUUAAAAGAAAAAGUUUCUGAAGAUGUUGCAAAUAAUGCACUGAUUAAUAUGAGAUUGUCUAUAGACGCAAAUGAUAAUUGUGAACAAUUGAGUGAUAAGAAACAAUCAAAACAAGCCAUAUUAAAAAAGAAAGAAAAUUCACUCAUUGAAGAUGUGAGUGAACCAUUAGUGAAAUGGUUUGAAGAAAGUCCUAAGCAAAAUUUCGAGAAACUUGACCAAUUGGGCGAUAAGAAAACACAGGAACGAUUCUUAUUAAGGAAGAAAGAGGACUUACUUACGAAAGAUGUGAGUGAGAGACUAUUAGUGAAACAGCUACAAGAAAAUCCACAUUUGAAAAUCGAAGAUGAACUUGCAGAAAUGGAAGCCGCAAAAAAGGAAUAUUUUAUGGAAACUACUUCAAAACGAGUCACUACAGAUACAUCUACGUCAUCAUUCAUCAAAAAUACUGAUCAAGAAGUUGUCUUUCUGAAAACUGUUUUAAAAAAUACAAAGGCAAUCUACAAAAAUAAAAUUUUGACUCUCCAACAGAAGAUACAGAGAAAAGAUAGACGAAUUAGGCAGCUGAAGAAUAUAUUAAUAAUGUUGCAGCAGAAGAAUCUCAUUUCUGAUGAGCAUCUGAAUGCCCUGGAAGAUUGAGGUACUUUCAAUCAAUAGUUAUUGAAACAUCAAUUGUUAAAAGUAAGAAGGUAUCAAAAAGGAAAAUUCAAAAACGCUUACUAAUUUUCAUUUUUAUCAAUGUAGAUUAACUUUGAUUUAACUUUAUCUUUUUCUAGUUUUAAGAAUAAAAAGAAAUAAAAAAAGAAAUUAAAAUUAAUCUACAUUGGUGCAAAUGGAUAUAAAUGUCAAUUAAUGUUAAGUCUGAUUUUUAUAAAAAAGCUUUAGGUCAAUAGCAGAUCAUGCUAAAAGACCAUAGAUAGCACCAUAUUGAAUAUAACAAAUAAAAAUUUUAUUGGCUAUGUUCACAUAGGGCCUAAUAUUCAAUGUAGUGAAAUACGAAUAGCUAAUGAAGUUAGCUAAAGAGUAGCUAAAGAAAUUAAUUUUCUUUUAAAUUGUGUUUACGAAUUUUAGAUGAUAAAUUUUUUUUGUUAACACUAUUGACGCAAAACAAAUAUUCUAAAUUCUAUUUUAAAUGUCUUGUUUUACAAGCAUUGACAUUACUAAUGUCAUAAAAUUUCACUUUUGAUGAUACACCAUUGGCAUGAGGAUAUGAUUUAAAUGUAAUUUUUUUUUUACAUUUUAAGCACUAGAAGUUUUAAGUUUAAGAAUCAGUGGUGUUUAAUUCAUCAUGUGUUAAAAUGAAUUAUUUCCAAACCAAAAUGCAGAAUGUGCACCAAUGAUUGAGGAUGAAGACAACUUUAUUUAAUGGAGAUAUUUUAUUGAUCUCGACACACAGUUUACAAGAAAUGGUGAUACAAUGUGCUUUAAAAGAAAGUGAUAGCGAUUUACUGAAGAAAUAUAUAUAUAUAGUGUUACUUUUACUUGAAAUUUGAGAAACGUUACAAAAACAAUAAUAAAAAUUCUAAUAAAGAUAGUCUGCAAUCUAUUAUUUCCCGAGAUAUUCAACUUCUUAUUUUGUUAGUUAAAUUCUUAAUUUUCUGAAACACUAAUUACUUCAUAAUACAUGUAAUCAUAUAAAGAAUGUUAGCUGGCAAAAUAAAACACUGAACAUCUUGAAAGUGAUAGUUUACAGAGAUCUCUACUUAUUAAGAUA